AUGAGUAGAGCAUUGGCUAGAUCUCAAUUGCAACGCUUUAUCAAUGCAGUUACCAAAUACUAUCCAUCGGGCUAUGCUGAUAGCUCUUGGGAUAAUACUGGUCUCUUGAUUGACUGUUCUGUUGAGAAGGCAUCUUCAGAAGAACCUAGAGUUCUCCUAACGGUAGAUUUGACCGCUAGUGUAGUCCAAGAAGCUAUAGAAAAGGGCUGUAAUGCAAUCUUGGCAUACCAUCCUUUCAUCUUUCCCAGCUGGAAAAGUUUAAGUCCCCAUUCUAAUCCCCAACAUAGAAGUGCUCUAAGACUUAUACAAGAAGGUAUAUCAGUUUACAGUCCUCAUACGGCCGUUGAUGCUGCCAAGGGCGGUGUUAAUGACUGGUUAGCAUUUGGUUUAGCCGGUAACGAUCGCUACAGGGUAGUUUCCAAUGUUGUAUUGGAACCCAUUAAGGGUCAAUGCAUUAAUGGUGAAGAACCUAGUGAAGUUGGAUACGGUCGUUUGGUGACGUUGUCAGCACCAUUAAGCUUAGCUCAAAUUGUAGAAAACGUUAAAAAGUCUUUAGGUAUUCCCCACGUCCAAGUAGCCAGUUUGGCCAAGGAUCACCAGCAACACAACAUUAGGAAGAUCGCUCUAUGUGCAGGUAGCGGUUCUGGUGUCUUCAAAUCACUACGUGAAGAUGUUGACCUCUACUAUUCAGGUGAAUUGGGUCACCAUGAAGUGCUGCGUUACAAGGAAUCUGGUAAGGCAGUUAUCGUUUGUAACCACUCAAAUACUGAACGUGGAUUCCUCAGAGAUGAAUUCAGCAAGCAAUUGCAAGAUGAGGGCAUUGAAAACAUUGUCAGCGAGACUGACGUCGAUCCUUUACAAGUAGUAUAA